CUCACACAAUCGCCUUCGUUCUAUGGCCCUCAUGGAUCCACAAAUCCCCCUUUCUCCUCCUCCGCAUGCUCCAUAUUUAAAUCCCCCACACCCUCCGUCCCUCCAUCCGGAGCCGCCACUUCCUUCCUUCCAAAAAGGAAGAGGGGAAAAAAAAUCUAUAGCCACCAAAUUGAGCAAGAUUCUCACACGAAACCAAUCACAAGCUAGCAUUCGUUUAAUUUCUUGGCUGCUAUUGUCCGGGGAAGAGGUUCUUGGUGUCCAAAGAAUUUGUCGGUUCUAGGGAGCUCCAAGUUGCUGUAGCUUCAUUUCUUGGUUCUUUGGGUUCUUGGAUUGGCGGUACUGAUUGUGGGAGAUGUUGUCUGUGAGCUGCCCGAGAGUGUACAUGAGCAGGAAGGCGCUGGAUUUCGGUCAGCUGGCCUCCUGCCGGUGCCGUUGGGCUGGCCGGUCCGGCAUGCGGGUGGCGCCGAGGCGGCGCAUGCCAUGUGUUUGUUUCGUGGCCUCACCGAGCCAGCCAGGCCUUGCUGCAGUUGAUGUGCCAGCAGAGGCGAUUUCUAGUGCGAGAACAACAACAAUGAUCCCUGAGCGAAUUUCUGUUUCUUCACUUUUGGAGGUUGUCUCCGACGACCUGCUGAAACUCAACAAUAAUCUGAAAUCGCUUGUUGGUGCAGAAAAUCCAGUUUUAGUUUCUGCGGCAGAACAAAUUUUCGGUGCUGGUGGAAAAAGGUUAAGACCAGCAUUAGUUUUUCUGGUGUCCAGAGCAACUGCUGAAUUAGCUGGUUUGUUGGAGCUUACUACAGAGCAUCAACGCCUGGCAGAGAUCAUAGAGAUGAUUCACACAGCAAGUUUAAUACAUGAUGAUGUCAUAGAUGAUAGUGGCAUGAGGAGAGGGAAAGAAACUAUUCAUCAGCUAUAUGGAACACGGGUGGCCGUACUUGCUGGUGAUUUUAUGUUUGCACAAUCUUCUUGGUUCCUAGCGAACUUAGAAAACAUCGAAGUUAUUAAGCUCAUCAGCCAGGUGAUCAAGGACUUUGCCAGUGGUGAGAUAAAACAAGCAUCUACUCUUUUUGACUGCGACGUCACCCUUGAUGAUUACUUGCUCAAGAGCUAUUAUAAAACCGCUUCGUUGCUCGCCUCAAGCACAAGAUCUGCUGCAAUAUUCAGUGGUGUAAGCACCACUAUAUGCGAACAAAUGUAUGAAUACGGCAGGAAUCUCGGGCUCUCGUUCCAGGUAGUAGAUGAUAUUCUUGACUUUACCCAAUCAGCUGAGCAACUUGGGAAACCAGCAGGGAGUGACUUAGCAAAGGGAAACCUGACAGCUCCAGUCAUAUUCGCUUUGCAAGAUGAACCCAAACUAAGGGAGAUAAUCGAUUCUGAGUUCAGUGAAAGUGAUUCAUUGGCUACUGCAAUCGACUUGGUUCACAGAAGUGGUGGAAUAAGAAGGGCGCAGGAGCUUGCAAAGGAGAAAGGUGACUUGGCUCUCCAAAAUUUGCAGUGCCUUCCCAAGAGCCAGUUCAGAAGUACCCUUGAGAACGUGGUGAAAUAUAAUCUUCAGAGGAUUGACUGUUUUUACUGUACUCCACCCAAUUUCACACUUAAAAAAAAAGUAAAAAAAACUGUAAUAAAAGGAGGGUGUGGGAGGUUGAUACGUUCCAAAGAAGGAUGGCCGUCAAGAUGCGGAUCGGACGGCGAAGAGCAAUCCAGCAGGGUAUUGCUGAGGUCCGCAUCCCACCCGCCGCAUGUGGCCCGGAGCGCACAUACAAAACCAUCCUUGCAGUAUUUGAUUUACGGCACCACGAAUCCACACACACCAUCUCUCGCGAAAUUAAUCCGCUCCCCUCCUUUUGAUUUCGAGCCUUUCCCCCCGUUACUCCUCUCCUCCUCUUCCUCUUUCCCCUUCCUCUCUCUCGUGCUCCUCUCAGGCGGACGCCGCGAGAUCGGGAGGAGGCGGACGCGGCGGGAGAGGCCAUCGGCCAUCGCCAUCGCCUUCACCAUCACCGACCGCGCGCCGGCAGCGGCGGUGCUCGCGACUCGCGCGGUGUGGAUUUGUGGGGGGCAGGGGGGAUUCGAGUGGCGGCGCGUUUGGGGUUGUCGCGAGGCGGAUUCGAGGGGGGCGCUGUGGGAGUUGGUCUGGGGGGAGAGAUCUGUAAGGGAGCGGAAUGCAGCAGGAGCAGCGGAAGAAGCUAGCAAUCUGGAGUAUGUGGUUGAAAAGGCCAAAUGCGAUGUGCACCGAACGAGCUCUGCGGAGGAGUUUUUUACAGAGUAUGGUGAUGCGAACCGGUACAGGAUCCAAGAAGUCAUUGGUAAGGGAAGCUAUGGGGUUGUGUGCUCUGCCAUUGAUUUGCACACUAGACAGAAGGUGGCGAUCAAGAAGGUGCACAAUAUUUUUGAGCAUGUCUCGGAUGCUGCGCGUAUUCUCCGUGAGAUCAAGCUUCUGAGACUCCUAAGGCAUCCGGACAUUGUUGAGAUCAAGCACAUUAUGCUACCUCCGUCAAGAAGGGACUUCAAAGAUAUUUAUGUUGUUUUUGAGCUUAUGGAAUCUGAUCUCCACCAAGUUAUAAAGGCUAAUGAUGACUUAACAAAAGAGCACUACCAAUUUUUCCUUUAUCAAUUACUCCGGGCCCUCAAAUACAUUCAUACUGCUAGUGUUUAUCACCGUGAUCUGAAGCCCAAGAACAUUUUAGCAAAUUCUAACUGCAAACUGAAAAUAUGUGAUUUCGGACUAGCACGAGUUGCAUUCAAUGAUACCCCAACAACUGUCUUCUGGACGGAUUAUGUAGCAACAAGAUGGUACAGGGCUCCAGAGCUCUGUGGAUCCUUCUUCUCAAAGUAUACACCAGCUAUUGACAUUUGGAGCAUUGGGUGCAUCUUUGCUGAGGUGUUGACAGGGAAGCCUUUGUUUCCUGGUAAAAAUGUUGUCCAUCAGUUAGACUUGAUGACUGAUCUUCUAGGAACACCUUCCAUGGAUACAAUUUCCCGGGUUCGGAAUGAGAAAGCAAGACGGUACUUGAGCAGCAUGAGAAAGAAAGAUCCAGUCCCCUUCUCUCAAAAGUUUCCUAAUGCAGAUCCUUUGGCACUAAAACUCUUGCAACGGUUAUUAGCCUUUGAUCCAAAGGACCGUCCAACUGCUGAAGAGGCAUUGACUGAUCCAUACUUUAAAGGCCUUUCCAAGAUUGAUAGAGAACCAUCAUGCCAGCCAAUCAGAAAACUGGAGUUUGAAUUUGAGCAGAAAAAAUUGUCUAAGGAAGAUAUAAGGGAGCUGAUAUUCCAGGAGAUAUUGGAAUAUCAUCCACAAUUGCAGAAGAACUACAGAAAUGGAAGAGAGAGAGCAACCUUUCUCUACCCAAGUGCGGUUGAUCAGUUUAAGAAGCAGUUCUCUAAUCUUGAAGAAAGCAAUGGAAGUGGCUCAGCAAUUCCAAUGGAAAGAAAACAUGCAUCGCUUCCUAGGUCUACUACUGUUCACUCUACUCCAAUUCCUCCCAAGGAACAACCUCUUGCGGCCUCAUUGAAGAGCAGCAGGCCUGUCUCUGAUGAACCUUGUAAAAACCCCUGGGUCAUGGGAGGAUUUUCUGGAAAUAUUCCCACUUCUUCUCAGGUUUCACAAGUGGCAAAACCAGUGGCACCAGGGAGACCUGUUGGGUCAGUAUUUCCUUAUGAGACUGGAAGCACCAAUGAUCCUUAUGGUCCAAGGGGACCAGUGAUGAGUUCAGGGUAUCCUCCCCAGCAACAAAUCUCACAAGCAUAUGGUUAUCAUCAAGUGCCUGCAAGGAUGAACUGUGUUGAACAAUCACAAGCCAUGGAUGCUUAUAAAAUGCAUUCACAGUCACAGACGCAGGCCUAUGCUUAUCCGAACAGCAAAGUCACGGCUGAUGUUGCUCUGGACAUGAGAGGAUCCACGUUCCAUCAUUCAGCAGGAUCAAAGAACGGCUCGUUAGAUAGAAUGGUAACACAGACUGACAUAUACACAAGAUCUCUUAACGGUAUUGUUGCUGCCGCGACUUCGGCAGGCGUUGGUACUAACAGAAAGGUUGGUGCUGUACCCAUCAGCACCUCAAGGAUGUAUUAGUAGUGGCUAACAGCCUAAAUUGAUUGGCAUAUAUUGGAUUUCGUUGCUGGAUUGGCUCCUAAUUAUUUACCAGCCACCAGUAAUAAACGGAGAAGUUUGCCUGGAAGAUGGUCAGAUGGAUGAGGACGACUAUUAGAGGUGAUUCAGUUUGACCUCUUCCACUUGUUGUUUCACCUGAUCAGCUAGGUACAAUUGUCUUUCUUCUCUGUGCACCAGACAAACAACAGAGAUGUACCCAGCGACAUACUCUUUCUUGCUAAAUUACAAAUACUACAUCACACAGGUCAGCAGAAA